AUGGCUGAAAAGGAAGUGGAUAAGUCGAGGAGGCUAGGAAACAUUAUUUCUAUAAGCUCCGAGGUAGUCUACCUCAAGGACAUCGCAUCGGCGUUCACCCAGGACGACUCCGAAGACGAGGAACCGGAACGACCCGAGACUCCGGAGAACCAGACUCCGGCCAACCUCGACGAGCCUCAAUGGCAAACUAAAGUGCGAAGGUUGGCGCUGCAACACGUAUCUAACGCCACCCAUGCCGCUGAAGUCACGAGAGACGCCUUCCAGAGGCUUAAUGCCAAGCACAAGCGAUCGAGGGAUUCAGCGCCCGAAAUCGCAACGCUAGAGUCGUGGCAAAGGCAAAUAGAAGGUUAG